AUGAGACGUUUGAUUCAAACGAAAGAUGAACAAUCUAAAUUACAAAUUGCAUGUUAUAUUAGUUCUUAUCAUUUUAGUCAUACAAAAAAUAUAUUACUCAAAUAUAUGGAUGAGAAUAUUUCAAAUCCAAUUAUAUUAAUUCCUGGUCUAGGAGGAGCUCAAGCUUAUUGUCAACUAAAACAACCAAAAUCUAAUGAAUUCCCAAUAUGGCUUAAUCUAUUUUAUAUGAUGAUUCCCGAAAAAUUACGACAUUAUUUCGGUUUAUAUCUUAAUCCGAUUACAUUGAAUAGUGAAAAUACUGACACAUGUAAUGUUAUAUUCCCUGGUUGGGGUGAUACACACACAAUUGAAUAUUUACAGACGAAUGGUUUUCGCUUUUUUAAUUAUUUUGGUCGCCUUGUGAAUUCUUUGUUACACAAUAAAUUUUUCGUUAAAAACUUUACACUUCGUGGUGCUCCAUAUGAUUUUCGUAGAUUACCAUAUGAAAAUACCGAUUUUAUGAAUAAAUUAAAAUUAUUGGUCGAAGAGACCUACACAAACGCUAAUCGACGACCGGUGGUUUUACUUGGUCAUAGUAUGGGUUCACUGUAUACGCUAAAUUUUCUUAAUAAACAAACAAAAUCAUGGAAAAAGAAAUAUAUAAAAUCAUAUAUAUCAGUGUCUGCACCAUUUGGUGGAGCUGUCAAAGCGUUGUUAAGCGUGAUAACUGGCGAUAAUUUCGGUAUAUUUUAUCGUACACCAUUGAGUUUUCGACCUAUUCUACGGUCAUUCUCUUCUGUUAUAUCCAAUAUACCUGAUCCAAGAAUAUGGCCUAGUAAUAAUGUAUUAAUUACUACUCCGGAUAAAAAUUAUACAGCACAUGAUUAUUCAGCACUUUUUCAAGAUAUAGGUUUUCCAGUAGCUAAACCACAUGUAGAUAUUCUAGUUUCACCUGGUAGCCAAUAA